UUUAGUGUACGCAUUAAUACGUCCACAUCGUACAUCGUACUCGCACCCGUACUCGGUCAUAUCGGACCCCUCCGGUCAGUAGUCGGUCGCGCCCGGUCCGCCGGCAUCGAGACGUCUCAGGUUGUCGCCUGGCCCUUUACAAGAGUCCUGUCCCGCCCCCGCAGUGUGGAGCUACAGAAGGCGAAUCUGGAGGGUAGCGCGUCGGGCGCGGGCGGCAGCGGCUCGAGCCCGCUGGCGUCCGCCAUCCCGCUCGCGCAGCUGCUCAGCAAGAGCGGCGCGCUGGGCGCGCUGAGCUCGCUGUCGGCGCUGGGCGGGCUGUCGGACCUGCUGGCGGGCGCGGCGCCGCCCGUGCAGACCACGGGCGUGCACCGCUCGCACAAGUCCUUCGCGCGCCGCGCCGACGACGAGCCGCCCUCCAAGACCUCCAAGGAGCGCAAUAAAUACAGCCCCUACUAGGCGCCUCGAUGUCGCUAUGGCUCCCGCCGGAUCGAUUUCUUUUCCUCGUAUCCCUCUCCCGUUCUGGGGUUGACAUCGCUCGUCCAAAGAAUAUCGAUAUCGAUUCGAGAAAGUCUCCGGGCGCGCUUUCUUCGUAGUCGGUCCCGUUUUUUUUGUUUUAAGAACGAUUUCGUCUAAGGCUCGAAUCGCUCAUCCGUGACUGUCGUAUAAUGUCGUAUGUCGUAAUCGAUGAAAUAUACUUUAUAUGUUUUAGAAAUGUAUUAUUUAAAGCGAGUUCGUAGUGGGUCACGUUUGUAGGAGUGUGAGUUAAUUACGUCGCUGUUUAUGUGUGACGCACUGUGAAUCUCGUUGUCGGUGUAAAAUUUUAAAAGACUGUUACGUCUACUUAAAGUAUACACAGGUUGAAAAGUAGUAACGGGGAAACAUUCGAAGACAACCCGUCGUAGUAUAACUCGUCACCAGUUGCACACAAAGAACUAUUAACGAUUCUUAGCUUAUUCGCGAUACAAACUGAUUUUCAUUGAUUCAAUUUAUUCAAAAUAUAACGUUUCACUAAUGAUAAUAAAUAUUGUUUAACUUUUCUACGAAUUGCGUCAAUACAUUUCUAUCAAAAGAUAAUAUUUAUUAACAUGAACAGUCAUGUCAGUAUAAUGAGCUUGUAUCGUUUUUAAUGAUUGUCUUGUAGUGUAGGUCAAAUGGAGGUGAAAAAAUAUAUUGACUUCAAAUUGGCACUUACGAUUAGACGUUGGAUUUGUAUCAUAAUAGUGCAUCCAUGUUGUAGUUCUUCAAAUUGCACGUUCAACCGCACGCGCAUAAAAAGACAAUGUAUUUCUGCCGUUAAUGAAAUGUUUGAAACUUUAAAUAAUCGUUAUUUCUGUUUUUAAACGAAAUAUUUAGUAAAUAAUGAAACUGGUUCUGAACUCCCUAUUCCAUCAACCCAAGAUCACAAUCCAGCCGUAUACAUUACAAGCGACUGCUGUUUGAGUUCACGUGGUACAUUCGCUGUCUCUGUUUUUCCUUAUAAAAACGAAAGAGAACCAAAAUCGAGACAACUAGUGAAAUUUAACGACGCGUUUUAGAGUUAUGUAUAAAAAUGAUAGCAUAGCUAAUAUUUUUAUACCGUCGGUAGUCAUUUAAAAAUAGAAUUUAGGUUAGAUCUAAUCUUUAGAUUCGUUCUACUGAAAUUAUAGUAUUCGUCCCGUCGUUCUCUCUUAUUUUUCAUGGCCAUUAUCGCUUUUUUUUUUUUUUUGUAUUGUUUGUUUGAAGGGCAGUGUCACCCACCAUUAUUACUUUUCAAUCUGACGGUUUAACUUUGUAGAUUUUUUUGCAUAUUUAUUACUUAUAAGCCCUGGUUUAUAUUAGUAUAAACGAAUGUAAUAUUAAUUUUUAUAAAAUCUAUUUUCAUAUUUUAUGUCUUAAAAUAAUUUUUCAAUAACUUGUGACGAAAAUUCCAAAUUUUACAUUUGUUAAAUCGCUUUUAUUUUGACAAAUAUUUUGAAUCGAUGCUACGUAAAUAAUUUUUAAAUCUAUUUAUUUAAAUUACACUCAAAGCAAUAGUCAUCUAACGAUAACUAGGAAUGUGACAAUAGUAGAAAUACGUAGAAGCUUAAAGGCUGUAGGUAUACAGAGUGCUUCGCGUUUAAACGAUUGUAUAGAAGUCUAACGUAAUACAAAUACAGGGUGUCUAGCGAAGACAUCAAACCAUACUUCAAAACUGGAAGUUAUUUGUUCGUAAGUCCUUUAUGUUCCGAAUCGCUGGUACCAAAAUCAGAUGAUUAACGAAAAACUUUAAUAGUUUUGUAUAUUAAUCCUGCAUUGAUUAAACUGAAGUAUAGUUUGAUGGCGAUAGAUGAGUUUUAACUCUGUAUAUUUUUUUAAUUAACUUAGAUUGUCGAUAAUAAGGUUAAAAUGUACGAGGAUGACGGCUAACUGCUGAAGUUUUAUCAAUAUAACGAAAUAUUAUCGGUUUAUGUUUCAUUUAUGUAUCAAACCACUUUCAUUAUAUUGUACGUUUAAUAUUUCUCUUUCACAGCAAUAAUAGUAUUUUAUAAAAGUAACUUGUGAAAACUUGUCAUCGGUUAAGAAGUUAGGUUAGUUAUUGUAGAAUGGAAUGUUUUGUACUUCACAUCGUAAAGGAGAGUUAGUUUAGAAUCUGAAAGUAGAUAAUGAUGAGGAUAAUAAUAAACUACGUUUUACCUUUACAAUAUCUCGUUAGUUAGGGCGAACAUAAAAUCGAGGUCCAAUUCGAAUGUUUUAAAGUUAGAUAUAGUUCCAGGUGGAAAGCAGAUUAUUUGCCUGUCAAUAUAAUUUUAUUCGUAAUUUAAAAUCAUGUUAACUAUAAGAUAAUAGACAUUUUCUUUUCAGGAAUCGUAUUAUUCGCUAGUAUUGUUAAGAAAAAGUGUUAAGAACUUACUUAAUAAAAUCAUAACAAAA